UACCGCAUUUUGUCAAAAGUCAAACAAAUUCGCUUUAAUAUUUCCUUAAUAUUUUUAUAUUUCAACGAAAAAGUGGCAUUAAAUUCGUUAUUAAAUAUGUCUUAUUUAAAGGAACCCGAAUUAGUGGCGAAAAUUCAAACUUACUUUGGGGUUAUCACCAACCCCGAGAAGAGUCCAGACAACAGUGAUAGUAGUGAAUCAAGUGGAAAAAAGUAUGUGAUAGCUAAUAAGUUUUGGUACUAUUUAUUUGUUUUUGGAACCGCGCUUGGCGAUGAAACGUUUUAUUCAAGUUUCAUUCCGUUUUGGUUCUGGAACAUUGAUGGUGCUGUAGGGAGAAGGGUUGUUUUAAUUUGGACCAUCGUGAUGUAUAUAGGUCAAGCUAUUAAAGAUAUUCUGCGCUGGCCUAGACCAGGUCCCCCUGUCGUCCGACUACAAAGUAAAUGGUCGCUGGAAUAUGGAAUGCCUUCCACCCAUGCGAUGGUAGCCGUCGCGUUCCCGUUUUCGUUUCUUCUGUGUACCGUAAAUCGCUACCAGUACAACAUUCCACUGGGGUUGGUUAUUGCAAUAAUAUGGUGCUCUGUUAUUUGUUUAAGUCGACUCUACUUGGGCAUGCACUCAGUUUUGGACAUCAUCGUUGGAUUGGCGUUGGCUAUAGGCAUCAUGACCCCACUCGUGCCCGUCGUCGACUACUUGGACAAUUAUUUACUAACCGACCCCACUUCUCCCUUCUUGCUAUUGGUUGCAUCAAUCCUCAUGAUUGUGUACUACCCAAAUAGCGGUAAAUGGACACCAACAAGAGGUGAUACAGCGAUGAUCCUUUCCGUCUGCGUCGGAAUCCACGUCGGAGCAUGGCUGAACUACCAACUCGGAAUAAUGACGUCUUCAGACUUAACACCGCCUUAUGCAAUAAUGUGGCCUUCGUAUACCAUGUUAGGUUGUACGAUUUUACGUACGAUAAUCGGUUUCGCGUUAGUGUUACUCACGAGAGCAAUAUCGAAAAGCGCGUCCUACAACUUCAUUUGUGCUUUAUUGAGAGAGGACGCCGACGUUUUGAAAAAAUCGGUCAAUUCGUUAAGCAAUAAACACAAGACGAUUGUCGAAUUGGGGUGCAAAUAUAUCACUUGUGGCAUGAUCGGCUUCAACGCCCUCUAUCUCAUUCCGCAGCUUUUUAGAUAUUUGAAAAUUGAAAGACCGACGUUUUUCACGGAGAUUUGAUAGUGGCUGUUGAUGUGUAGUUAUUUUCAUAGCGGUGAUUUUUUGAUCUUGAUUUAAUAGUAGUGAAUUAAUUCAAUCAAAUUGUUAAUUUAUUGUUUCGUUUCGUGGCUUUAAAAGCAAUAAAUAGUGUUCGUUUUACUGCUCAUCAUGUAGAUCUGAUUAUCGGAAUCUCGGGAUAUUUGCAUGCUAUGUCGCUUUAGAAUAAAGUACAGCGAGAUUGUUUUUUUUUUGUUUAAUGAGUACUUUUUUCUAAAGAGAGACAAUCUACACUACACUUUUAAGUACAUAUCAGUCAAUGCAUUUACACAAACUUUUUCAAGUAUUCGCUGAAUUUAUGCUCAAACUAUACGAUAAUAAAACAUAGUGUUCGUAGUGCGGCAAAUCAAGAAAGCUUGUGAUAACUGAAAUUUAAACAACAAUUCAGAUGCCAUAGUCAUAAUCAAUUUUUUAUAUUGUAACUGAAUUUAUAUACAUUUAAGUAACCACUGUAUUCCUUAUAAAUUUAAGUGAGAUUUAGCCUCCAACCAGGGGCAUUGUUACCGUUAAAAUCUAAAACAAAAUAUAAAUAUUGAGAAACGA